GCGGCCAGGCCAUGGCGACGGCCGAGCGCGGCGCGCACGCGGGCCCGGGCCGCGCGGGGCCCGCGGGGGCGGCCGUGGAGAAGCGGGGGCCCUACCUGGUGCCGCGCGCGCCCUCCCUCCAGGCCAGGCUGCAGAAGCACCGGGACCUGGCCAAGGCCGUGCUGCGCAGGAAGGGCAUGCUGGGGGCGCCCCCGAAGCGCCCCGACUCGCCGGGGAAAAGGUCAGUGAAGUUUAACAAGGGCUACGCCGCUCUCAGCCAGAGUCCAGAUGAAAACCUGGUGUCCCUCGAUUCCGACAGUGAUGGGGAGCUGGAAUCCAGAUACUCCUCCGGGUAUUCCUCUGCUGAGCAGGUGAACCAGGACGUGAGCCGACAGCUGCUCCAGGAUGGGUAUCACCUGGACGAGAUGCCGGACGAUGAGGACUUGGACCUCAUCCCCCCGAAGCCUAUGGCCUCGUCCAUGUGCUCCUGCUGCUGGUGCUGUCCUGGGGACUCGCCCUCCUGUACCCUGCAGUAGACAUAACCCCUGAGCUAGGCCCUGUUGGCCAUUGUAAGCCGGGGAGUUCCCCAAGCAUUGCUGCAGCCCCAGGCCGCUGACUGCUAUCCCCCUGGGAAGGUCAGUGACCUCGGAUACCCCUUACUUGGUGCUUCUCAGACCGGGGAGCUUCCAUCACCCCAGGGGGGACAGCAUGCUGCCAUUACGUCCGCUGCGGGGGAAGUCUGAGGGCAGGUGCAGACGGACCCUGGGUCUUCUAUUUUUAUUUUUGGUUUCCGGUCACAUCUGGCAAUGCUCAGGGCUUAGUAACCUGGCUCUGCACUCAGGAAUUAACCCCGGUGGGGCUCGGGGGAUUAUAUGAGUUGCCAGAGACCCAACCCAGGUCAGCCACAGUGCAAGGUAAAUGCCCUACCUUCUGCACUGUUGCUCCAGCCCCGAAGCCUGGGUCUUCUUGAGUUGGCUAGGAGAACCCUCCCAGGCCUCUUGGUGGUGCUCGUCCUUUGGCAGGGAGGGGACGAGAACUUUUCUGCCCGGACUGGGCUGGCUGCUGGUAUGUGGGGGCAGAAAGUUGCUGUUGGGGACUCGUGGCUGGGAAUCUUUGUCAAAGAAUUGAUCUGAGACUGUUCUGGUGUUCCCCCGUGCUCCUCCUCUGCUUUGCCCCAACGUGGGGUCUCUGUUUGGCCUCCGCGUCAGCAUGAACUCAGCACCAGGGGAAGGUGGCCCAGGGGUAAUGCAGGCUUCGCAUGUCACAGGCACUGAGUUUGAUCCCUGGCCAUUCACGUACAAGAAGGAAAAGGACCAGGAGCCGCACACAGUCACCUCUGACCGUUUCUGGAGGUGCCUGUCUGUGCGGGGUCUACAGGCCCAUCCUCCCAGAAUCCCUGAGCUGAUAUCUUCCCCCCGUGUGACCACCUGGGACGCAGGUCAGCCUGGAGCGAACACACUGCGGUGUUUGUUCCUUUCCCUGAACACCAUUCUCUGCCUUGGUCUUAGCUACUUUCUCCACUUAGUCGUUUCCUUUUUUUUUUUUUCUUUUUCUCCAGUUGAGAGGUGGAGGCCGUGUGUUGGGCCACCCUGGUGCUGCUUGCCACUCUCAGCAGAGCUCAGGGGAUCGUGGUGGGCCCAGAGAUCAAACCAAAGACUCACAGGCCAUCGUUGAGCUUUUUAAAAGAUGUGGGCGGAGGGACUAGCCAGAGGCCUGCGGUUUUCGUGAUGACCAGCAGAGGGAGCAGUGGAGGGCUGUCGGGAGCCUUGCUUGUUUUUAUUUUGGGGCCACGCCUGUCUGGUGUCAAGGGUCCUCCUGCCACUCCCGGAUGGUCUCUCCGGGCAAAGCACACACUCAGCACUUUGAGCUCUCUCCAGCCCCUUGUUCCUCUACUUCAACUGUUGGGAAAUAAUUGGGUGAGAAGCUUGCCAGGAUGGAGAGGGGGGGUCUAUGCCACGCCCCCGGCACUUCAGGAACACGGCAGAGAAGAUGUCCCUGCCCGCAGCCCCCCACUCCCCCCCAUUGUCUGCCAGGCCUCUCUGGAAUUGGAUUUUUCUUGUUCCGUUUGGUUUGGGGCCACACCCAGUGGUCCUCGGGAUCAUUCCUGCCGGUGUUCGGGAGGCCAUAUGGGGUAUCAGGGAUUGAACCCAGGUUGGCUGCAUGCACGGCAAGUGUCUCUCUGGCCCCCAGAAUCGAGUUUUUCAGUGAUUCUCUUCCGGGGGAAGGGGAGUCUCCUAGAAAGAAGCAGCCUGGUGAGGGCUGGCUGAGUGGGUGGGGCUCCUGGCCCCCAGGAGCUUCGCAGUGAGGAUCAGAGUACUGGCCCCUCUGGAGAAAGUGCCUGUCUGUGGCCUCAUUUCUGUCCUGACUGCUAGGGGCAGAAGAGGAGCGGGUGCUUGGAGCUACUCAUCACCCCAAGGUGACAGGACAGUAGUCUUGAAGGGUGCGAAGCCACCUUGCUAAUCCUCCGAGGGUGGAACCCCAUCAGCAGCGGACCGCCUGUCCCACGGGGUAAAGCGGGCUCCGGGCGCUGAGGCCACAGUGUCACAGGCAGGCCAGCAGCGUCCCAGCCAGGGGAGGUGGAACAGGGCACAGAGGGGAUCCUUGUCUAUCCAGAGUGAGACCGCACGGGCACCUUGGGGAGCAGCAGCUCCAUGAGGAACCCCUCUAGUCCCUGACAGGGCAUCCGAGCCUCCUCCGGCACGGUGGAGAACGUGCCACGUCAAUGGCUCGUGUCGGGGCAGCAUGACCACAGACGGGCAGAAUACAUUUCAGACAUGGGUCGUGUCACCUGAGCAUUUGGCAGCUGCUGGGGGAACCCAAGACCGGAUCGCUCAGGGAAGCCGCUGCUGGACACCAACACUGGUGGGCACUGUGCAGGGGGACCACGCAGUGCGACAGGGCUGGACCUCAACAGUCAGGGCACCAAGGUGCCCACUGCCGUAGCCAGAGUGCUGGGUGUUGUGCAGGGAGACGGCCGUGGGUUCCCUGAGAGGGCACUGAGGGUGCGAGGACUCUCCAGGACGCUCCUCGGUUUCUCGGUUUCUGUAUGUUUAUGAGAAUAAAUACGAUC